CUCAUAAUUGAGACCAUUUCGCGUCUGCAACGUUUCGAGAUCACAGAAUGGCGGAUCCGCAAGCGCAGUUGGAGUGUUUGCGAAGUGUGUGGAACACUUGCCAGGCGAACGAUGAUCAAAAGCAUGUUUUGAUCAAGAAUUUAUUCGCAUAUGUGAAUGAUCUCUCUACUCGGUUGUCAGAAGCCGAGUACGAACUUCGUGAUCGAAAAGACGUGAUCAAGUUGACACGCGAUCGUAUCGAAGAUGCCGGGAAGCAGAUCCAAGUUUUGCAGGCUGAGAAGGAUCGACAUGCCUUUGCGUCGGUUUUGAUCGAUGGUGAUUGUAUGCUGUUCAACGAUGAUCUUGUGAAAGCCGGGCUAAACGGUGGAAAGAGAGCAGCGGGCUUACUCAAGCAAGCUGUUGAGGAAGAACUUCGAUCAUCUCUGCCUGCAGUAGCCCACCAUAUCCAGGCGGUCAUUCGUGUUUACGCGAACAUGAAGGGGCUGGCCAAGACAUACAAAGAAGCGGAGAUCAUCCCGCAGUUAUCGUCGUUUGACGAGUUCGUACGUGGUUUCAACAUGGGCGAUCCCAUGUGUGAUUAUGUUGAUGCUGGUAACGGCAAAGAGUGUUCAGACGAGAAGAUCAAAGCAAUGUUUCGGCACAAUCUAGCGGACAUGCACUGCCAGCAAAUCCUCUUCGGCGGCUCAGCCGACAAUGGCUAUGCCAGACUGUUGGGCCCAUUCACCGAAGAUGAUGCAGUUCGGAGCCGGAUUACCCUGUUGGAAGGCCCUCCAUUCGCCCGCGAAUUAGCUGCGAUCAAAGACAGAUAUCAUACAGUAUCAUUCGACAACGUCUUUCGCAGUCAGAUGUUGGUGGUUAGCCCUAGACGCGUAACGGUGUCUCUUCCUACUCCACCCCAAACACCAUCGACAGACUAUGCAACGGCUGCUGCACAGUUACCAACAACGCCUUCAUCCUCUACAUCACGGGGUUCUGUCGCAAAUACACGAAGUACAACGACCAGAGUGCUUCUAAACGAGGCCGGCGAGCGCGUGGAUCCGCCACUGGCCUUUACAACCGAAGAGUUCUUCGCCAUAAAAAGCCGUAGGUUCUGCAAUGCUUUCCAUCUCCUUGGAAAAUGCACCUUCCUGAAGAACUUCGGAAAUUGUCAACACGAUCAUGCUGCCAAGUUGAGCAAUCAGCAGUUGGUGGCUUUGCGUGCUGUUGCUCGCUUGACGCCGUGUAGGAAUGGAAGGGCUUGUAAGGACCCGGAGUGCCUUUGUGGUCAUCAGUGAAUGGUGGCGGUUGCAGUGCUAGGUUUGCACCGAAAGUCACGACGUAAGUGCCUGCUGUAGCGGUGACAUAUAGAGUUCGUAGCAUGUACAACUAUUAUUCGUUUUAUCCCAGAACAAACAGAGUACAGCAAGG